UCGCCUGUUAUUGCUGCUUGCACUUACCAACCCCUGCUGGCAGUUCACCCUCCCAAAUUGCAUUGCAUGAAUGCUGUGAAACAUGGUCAAAUAGUAUAAAAUUCCUCGUUAGAAGACGUGAAGUAGUGCAGAGAAAUCUCAGCAUUGCAUCUUACAACCACGUCAACUCUAAUUUACUAGUUAAAGAAUUGUAGUUUACUCUGUAAAUUCUGGAUUUUGAUUGCCCGAAUUUCUAUAUUUCUGAAACUUCAUAGCCCUCAUGUGAUGGGCCAAGGAAGUCACAGGACAGGAUAGAAGAGAAAGAGUGGCAGCUGGUAGCGAGCCAAAAGAGAAUUUAGUAAAGAAACCACCUGUUCAAUGGCACCAUGUUGACAGACUAUCAAGACGCAAGGAAGAUUGAACGUAGAAUCAACUAAAAUGGAAUCCCAUUCUGAAAAUAUCGAGGAGACCAGUGCAUUUGCUGAGGCAGUUGAGAGCAGUAAGUUCAAGACCAUUGGAGACAUUGCAUUCUACAGGCGUCAGAAAAAGUUGUUGCCAGGGAAUUCUCCGUAUCAUGCCUUGCUGGAUACGAUUGACGUAUCAGAUUGCAGAGCCAAACUGCAACUCCUGAAUGAAGAGAAUAAGGUUUCACUUUUUGUAGAGGUCUUUGUCCUUGAGGAUAAAGUGAUCAGAAUAAAAGUGAAUGAGUUGAAUCCAUUGAAGCCAAGAUAUGAAGUGCCUGAUGUUAUUAUUAAUGAGCUUCUCUCUCAAAGACUUGUUGUGGUGUCUAAGGAUGGACUCUCUGUAACACUGGCCACUGUUGAUGGAGGCACUCGGAUUCUAAUUGUAGCCAAGCCGUUUAGAAUGGAAGUUCGUGAACACGGUCAAAUGUCCGUGAGUGUGAAUUCUCUCGGUCUUUUAUACUUUGAACAUCUCCGCAAGAAGUCACAAUCUGAAGAUAGAAGCACAAAAGGAAAGAGAGUGGAAAGCAAGAGGAAACGUGACACAGAGACCCAGAAGGAGAGUGAAGAUGAUCAAGGACUGUGGAAAGAGCAAUUUCAUGAGUUUAUAGACACCAAAGCCAAUGGCCCUACAUCUGUUGGGUUGGAUUUCUCGCUGCAUGGGUUUGAGCAUGUUUACGGAAUUCCAGAACAUACUGAGGGUCUACGGCUGAAAACUACAAGCCAGGAAGAACCGUACAGGCUCUAUAACCUGGAUGUUUUUGCUUGUAAGUUGUACAGCCGAAUGAGUAUUUAUGGUUCCAUACCACUCCUCCUUGCACACAAAGUAAAGCAAACUCUGGGAAUUUUUUGGCUGAACAGCUCUGAGACUUUGGUGGAUAUCAGUACUAACAAAGAGAAUAAGGGAGCGUUGGGCAGAAUGAAGAAGUUAAAGGCAGAUGAUGAUGCACCACUGAGAACAGAUGUUCGCUGGAUGUCUGAGAGUGGGAUAAUCGAUGCAUAUAUUCUGAUGGGUCCCAGUGCUUUGGAUGUGUUUUACCAGUACUCAAGGCUGACAGGUACUCAGGCACUUCCUCCGCUCUUUGCACUGGGUCACCACCAGUGUCGCUACAGUUACGAGGAUGAAAGUGAGGUGAAGCAGGUGGACUCUGGCUUUGAUGUGCAUAACAUUCCUUGUGAUGUUUUCUGGCUGGAUAUAGACCACACUGAAGGGAAACGCUACUUCACCUGGGACAAAGCAAAAUUUCCCACUCCUCGGGAAAUGCAGGAAUACCUACGAGCCAAAGAUCGUAAGCUGGUGGUUAUCAUUGACCCCCACAUCAAAGUGGAUAAUAAGUACUCUAUCUAUUGUGAAGCCAAAUCCAAGAAGUAUCUUGUGAUGGACAAAGAUGGGGAGGAAUACCAAGGCUCCUGUUGGCCAGGUGUCUCGACCUAUUUAGAUUUCACAAACCCUACAGUUCGCGAUUGGUAUGCCAACAAGCAUGGAUUGGACCAAUAUAAGGAUUCCACAGACAUUCUCUUUGUAUGGAAUGACAUGAAUGAGCCGGCAGUGUUCAGUGGACCUGAGCUCACCAUGCCCAAGGAUGCUGUGCAUGCAGGUGGAUGGGAGCAUAGAGAACUGCACAACCUCUACGGCUUUUAUCAGCAAUGGGCAUCUGCAGAAGGUCUGAUCCGUCGGUCUGGAGGAAGAGAAAGGCCAUUUGUUUUGACUCGUUCCUUCUUUGCUGGAUCACAGCGAUAUGGAGCAGUAUGGACAGGAGACAAUGUCGCUGACUGGAGCUACCUUAAAAUCUCAAUCCCGAUGCUACUUAAUCUCAGUAUAACUGGCAUCUCAUUCUGUGGAGCGGACAUAGGUGGGUUUGUACAGAAUCCUGAACCGGAGCUCCUUGUUCGCUGGUACCAGGCUGGUGCAUACCAGCCUUUCCUCAGGAACCAUUCCCACACUGAGACAAAGCGACGAGAACCAUGGUUGUUUGGAGAGGGAAAUACCAGGAUCAUCAGGAAAACAAUUCAAGAGCGAUAUGCCUUGCUGCCGUUCUGGUACACACUCUUCUACAUGGCCCACACCAAAGCAGAGCCAGUAAUCAGGCCUUUAUGGGUGGAGUUUCCUGAGGAGAACAACACAUUUGCAAUUGAUGAUGAGUAUAUGAUAGGAGAAGCUUUGCUGGUACAUCCUGUGACUGAAGCAGGGGCAACAGAAGUUAGUGUGCUACUUCCUGGAAAAGGAGAGGUGUGGUACCAUCUUGGAACAUUACAGCGGUUUAAUGGUGAUCAGAUUCUGUGUGUAUCUGUAACCCUUGACAAUAUACCUGUUUACCAACGCGGUGGCACCAUCAUCCCCAGGAAAACAUCAGUACAAAUGUCCACAAAGAGUAUGGAGACAGUGUCCUAUUUCCUCCAUGUUGCACUGAGUUCUGAGAACACAGCCACAGGGAAGUUAUUCAUUGAUGAUGGACAUUCAUUUGACUAUCAGAGUAAGAACCAGUUCUUGCUCCGGAAAUUCAUCUUCAAGGACAACAUAUUUUCAGCUGUAUGUGCUGAUCAGAGAGGACAGUAUUGCACUGAAUGUCUGGUGGAAAAGAUCCACAUAGUGGGAGCUGCACAACCUUAUUGUGUGACAACACAGUGUCCAGAUAUGCAGGAGGUUCCAGUACAAUUCGACUACGAUUUGGAAAAGUGCCUAUUAAUCAUUGGAAGUCUACAACUUAAUGUAGGGUGUGACUGGACCCUGAAGCUUAAAUACUGAUGGGUGGGCAUUCAGCUCUCUAAGUAUGCAAUUGAAACAGUGCUGUUCACAUGCACGUAUUUUUAAGAUCAUAUCAAGGUUUUCCCACUACAUCAACAUUAUUUUCUGUUGAAUAUUUCCUUUAUUGAGUCAACCUGGGAAUUGCCUCUUGAAACCACUUUCUGAUAUGUUCCUUUAAAACCUGCGCCUUUGACCAAACUUGUAGUCAUCUACUGUAUUAUCUUCUUAAGUGCUGAGCAUGUUACUUGGACAGAGGUUAUUAUUGUUGUUGCGAUAUGUAACAGGUUGUGCCGAAGUAUAACUACUGUACUAUGUAGCACCCAGCUGACCUGGAUGUGUCACAGGCCUUCUUCACAGCAUCAGGCAUCUGUCCUGUAAACACAUAAAGACCAGAAAAUAGGAGCAGUAGUAGGCACCAAGCACCUCAAGCCUGCUCCACCAUUCAAUAUGAUAAUAACUGAUUUGUCUCAGGUUUUAUCUCCUUUCCUCGGUUCUACAUAGUCCUCAAUUUAUGAUCUUAAAAAAAAUUUUGUCUACUUUCUCUUUAAAUACCAAUGAUCUAACCUCAAGCAGCCACUGUGAAAAGAAAUUCCUACACACCACAGUUUUAAUUGACUGCUCCCUUGUAACUGUAUCCCCUUGUUUGACACUCUCCCACCAUCUCAACGUCUACCCCGUAAUGCCCACUUAGGAUCUUUUAUGUUUCAGUACAAUUAUUUUCUAAAUCCAAAGAAUAUGGAUCCUACCUCUUUAGCUGCAUGUAAUUAGGCAACCCUCUAAUCUCAGGAAUAAGCCCCAAUCAAUCUUUUGAAUGGCCUUCAGUGCUUGUCUAUCCUUUGAAGAUACAAGUUUGCAAGAUCAUCACCAGAGGUUAAGUAAAAAUCUAUUUGACUAUGCAGCUACUGCAAUUGAACUUUGAGCACUUCUUGUAUUGACAUUUACUCAAUCGACUCUUCUAUUUCUGUUACAAUUUUCUAAAGAUGGAGCAUUUUCACAGUGCUUGAGUUGACCAGUUUUGGUGAUUCUCGAGAACCACCUUCAAUGCAUAUAAUAGAAUGUGCACUACAUCUUGCUCCAUCUUGCAACCUAAAACUUUCACUUCUGACCCUACACCUGUAUUGAGCUGCAUGAGAUCCCAAUAUGAAUCCAUUUUAGCCCUCACAAGGGGUAAUGUUGGGAGAGAUCCUAUUCGCUUAUGUUCAUUCACUUUUCACAGAAGGGCAAAUAGCUGAAAGUUGGAAGUGCAUUCCACCAAACCUGAGAAGGUUCUGUUGAAGAGUGCAUACCCACUGACUGGAACAUGUGGCCAUGCUUUUGAGUUACAUUUAAUACUUCAGGCUUGACUUUUUUUUAUAAGGAAGUAAUUUCUGAAUCAGAGCAAGUUUAAAAUGAUGGAAAUUUAAUGUAAAGCCUGAGAAUGGUUUAAAAAAUGAUGAAACAUGAGCAGUAGAGAGUUGUUAGGGGAUAGUGGAAUUGUUCAGGAGAGUGUUUCUGGGAUUAGUGUUGGAAUUGGAAUGGUUUUUAGUUCACAUUAACAAAUGGUGUUUUCAGUUCUGAGAACAUUAAACGUUGAUUCAACUCAAUUCAUAUUUAUCCUACGAAUACUUUCUAAGUAAUUGUUAGCAUCUCAUCAAAUAUGUUCAGGGCAUAUUGAAAGCAACUGUGUUAAAUUAUUUGGAAUGUUCUCAAUGAUAUUCACUUUUGCAAGCAAUGGCACAUGAGUGGAAGUCUAUCUCUGCAACAGAGCAAAUUAAGGAUGUUAAAAACAAAUGUUCCUACACAAGUCUCAAAAUGUACAUUGAUAUA